AAUAUUGGAGUGUGAUUAGAACAAGGACAAGGACUUGGUCUGAGUCUAUGUUUACACGACCUGCCCGUUGAAUACAACUGAACAGUAUGCGAUUUUUUGGGGUUGUUGUCUACUUUGUCAUUGCAACUUGUGGCAGGGUAUGCGCGAAUAGCGAUGUUGCAGCACAUUUAGAUGCGCUUUCUAGACGCGCCAUUAGCCCUACGAAUGUGAAGCUAAAUGCCACCGUCUUACAUAACUUGAAUACCUUUAUGCAUUCUAUACAACAUGUACAACACUCUCUCUUGGAAAAGCUACAUUUAAGUCACCUGGUUACACUUCACGGGAAUGCCACUAACCACUGGUGCUGUAACGUGGCCACAACCAGAAGAAUCGUCCAAAGUCAUUCAAAGCUGAUAUACACCAAGCAGGUUAAGGACAGAGUCAGUCAUCAUCACUGCGGAUUUCUGGGAUUGAGUCGAUGUGCCAGGCAUCAUUAUUACUACGUAUCUGUUCCAGCGUACAAAACGACUUACACUUAUCGAACCAUUCACACAACAUGUCCAAGUAGUCAUCUGGUCUGUUGCAAAGAUUAUAUUCUUGUAGCAGACAACUGUAUUCCCCUGAGUGAGAUCCCGAACAUCAAGGACGAUCUGAUAAAACUGCAUAAUGCCAACAUUCCAGUCGGGCGAUAAAUCUCCUUCUAGAUGUUGUCGAAAUAAAAGAUGCAAAUUGCA